AUGAACGGCGUGCGCAGCGGGAAACCUGGCGGCGCUCCGCCGCAGAAGCUGUUCACCUGCGCCCACGCGAACUGUGGGGCGACUUUCAGCAGACAGUGGAGGCUGAAAGAGCAUGCGUCAGUGCACACCGGAGCGCGCCCGUGUCAGUGCACAGUUGCUGGCUGUGGUCGUCGUUUCUCCAGGAAAUCCCACCUGAGCCGCCACCUGCUGCAGCACGGCGGGGUGAAGCAGUUCAAGUGCAAGCUCGCGGGCUGCACGCAGACUUUCUACAACGCGGCCAAACUGAAGAGGCAUGUGCAGUGCGCCCACGGCGACAAGGGCAAGUAUUUCAAGUGCGACCAUCCAAACUGCGUCAUGACCUUCAAAAAACGCAGAGUGUUUAAACUGCACUUAAAGGAGCACGGCGUGACGGUCAAGUUCAAGUGUACGAGGGACGGAUGUGCUGCCACGUUUGACUCCCACGUCGCCCGCAAAGCCCAUGAGAAGAAGCACGCAGGUUAUCGCUGCCCUCAUGCCAACUGCCAGGUGCUUGAAAACACGUGGGGGAAACUUCAGAAGCACAUGGCCAAACAUGCAGCCACAUUCACGUGCCAAGUGUGCAAGAAGGUGUUCAAGAAGGCGGACGCUCUGCGGAGGCACAAACGGACCCACGCUUCCCAUAAGCCCGUGCUGGUUUGUCCCAAAGAUGACUGCCUGGCCUACUUCUCUACAACCUUUAACCUGCAGCACCACAUCCGCAAGGUGCACCUCGAGCUCCUGAAAUACAGCUGCUCCUUCCCCGACUGCCCACGCAAGUUUGCUAUGAGGGAGAGUAUGACCAGACACCUUCUUCAUCAUGACCCAAGUGUCACUGCUCUGAAGAAACGGCGACGGCCAAAGAAGUCCUGGCAGAAGCGUUUGGACAGACACAAUCUGCCCCUUGUGGAGGAAAACCUGCGUCGCCUCUUCGCCCUGCGCAUGCGCAUCUCCCGACGCACCAAAGUGGAGACCAACCUCUCGGCCCUCUUCAAUGAACGCAAGAUCCCUCAUUACGUCGACCCGGAAGUCAACCUGCGCAAUCUGUUUGGUAUCAAAAAGCCUCAUCCUUUGGAGGAGAAGCCUGUGGUGGCACCAUUAAAAGGUUAAGUCGGUCCAGACCAGCUCUGCGUUGUGACUGUUAAGUUUGAACUUCCUGAAAUCUGCGCAGCCUUUUUAAGUUUGCUUUUCUUUAAUUUUUGAGAAAUUAGAAAAUGGGGUCUCCUUUAGUUGAGCUUUUCUAAAUGUAGCUGACAUACAUUAAAAUCUUAUUUGAAUGGCGC